AUGAUAUCAAGUGUUGCAAAUUGGUUAAGUUGUGGAAGUAGUGUUGUUGAUAAAUGGAUAUUUGGAGAAGGUGAAGAUGAAGAUACUACAAGUAGUAGUGGUGAAUCAAAUAGUGAUUAUAAUAGUGAAGAAGAGGAAGAGGAAGAAGAGGAAGAAAAACAACAAGAUGAAGAUUCAUCAAGUGAAGAAGGUGAAAUAAAUGAAAAAAAGAAAUCAUCAUCAUCAUCAUCAUCAAAUUUAAUUAGCAAUAAUAAUAAUAGAAUAAAUAAAGAUAAUGAUAAUGAUGGUGGAUUAGUUUAUGCAUGGGGAUAUAACUAUUUUGGACAAUGUGGUGAUAAAACCAAUCAAACUAUUAAAGUACCAACAUCUAUAUUAUUUCCUACUAUUGAUAAUAAGAUCAUUAUAAAACAAAUAGCAUGUGGUGAUAGUCAUUCAUUGGCAAUUGCAGAACAACCCUAUGGAGUCUAUAGUUGGGGUGUUAAUAGAUGGGGUCAAUUAGGUCAUGGUGACCAAUUGAAUCGUAAUCAACCAACAUUACUUUCAAAUAUUGGUAGUGGUAGUGGUAGUGGUAAUUCAAUUUCAUUUAGUAUGGUAGCAUGUGGUAGUCAACAUUCUAUGAUAGUUUCGAACUAUGGUGAGUUGUAUACAUUUGGUUGUGGUACAACUGGUAGAUUAGGUCAUGGUGAUGAACAACCAAAAUUCAAACCAACACCAGUUUCAUCAUUGGUUGGUAAAUCAAUUGUAUCGGUUGCAGCUGGUGUUAUGCAUAGUUCUUGCGUCGAUUCAAAUGGUAAGAUCUAUAGUUGGGGUUGGAAUAGGUAUGGUCAAUUAGGUAAUGGUUCUGUUAAAUCUCAAACUUUACCAACUCCUCCAAAAUUUCAAAAUCCAAAAUUAUCAGAUAUUCAACAACAACAACAGCAACACCAUUUAAUGAAAUUAAAUUUUAUAAAAGUAGUAUGUGGUAAAAAUCAUACAUUAGCAUUGAGUUCAAGUGGUGAAGUGGUUGGAUUUGGGUUUAAUGCAUGUGGUCAAUUGGGUAAUGGUAAUCAUAUGGAUCAGUUGUAUCCAGUGAAAAUUGAAUUCAAUGAACAUGUAAUUGACAUUGCCUCGGGGUAUUACCAUAGUUUGUGUUUGACUGAUAAUGGUGAGGCUUAUUCUUGGGGUUAUAUGAGUGAUGGCUCGUUGGGGUUGGGUGAGGUUUACACUCAUCAAACUAAACCAAAACUUAUACCAUUGGUUCAUAUUAGACAUUGUUUCACCGAUUCAAACGAUGCAUUCAAUGAGAUCUAUGGUAGACAAGAUGAAAAUACAACUCAGGAAACAAUUGACCAACAUAAAUUAUACCUCUCUAAAAAAUAUUCAGUUGGUGAUACUGUAGAUAUGAUUUCAGCUGGUGCUUGGAAUUCUGCUAUCAUCACAAGUUCUGGUAAAUUAUUUUGUUUUGGCUUUGGUGAUACCUAUAGAAAUGGUAAUCAAUCAGAGUUUGAUCAAGAUAUGCCCAUCAUUGUUGAACCAACUAAAUGGGGUUUAGAAAGACCUUUCAAUAUAAAAGAGGAUACCGAUAUCCCUUUAAAUUGUAUCAUCGAACAAGAAAAAGAAAGAAGAUUAUUAAAAUUAAGAAAAAAACAAUUAAAAGAACAAAAAGAAAAAGAAAGAAAAGAUAAAGAAGAAAUUAAUUUAACAACUUCAAAUUUUGAAAAUAAUUUAAUAAUAAAUGAAGAAAUUCAAAAUAAUAAUAAUUCAAAUAAUAAUAAUAUAGAUUCAACAAAUUUAAAUAAUAUAAAUAAUAUAAAUAAUAAUAUAAAUAAUAAUAAUGAAUCUCCAAAUAUAAUUACAAAUAAGAUAAAUUUAAAUAAUAUAAAAGUUUAUUCAAGAGUUACAAAUAUUUCCUUAGGUGGUGCGCAUGUAAUAAUCACUGUAAAGAAUAAAUUAAAAAAGUAA